AAUGGAGUCCAACCGCGAGGUCGAACAUGUGCCCCGAGAGGUCCAAAACAAUACCCAAGCAACACAGGAAUCGCAGACUGCCUCCGAUUUCAUUGACCAACAACUCGCCCUAGAAGCCGAUGCGCGAGAAGUUCUGCCAUAUAAAUUCGAUAAAUGCACAAACGUUCUAGGACCUCUCCGCCAGACCAUCUUUGCCUGCCUCACAUGCAGCCCUCCACCAGCCUCGGCGGCGCAAGUCUACACACCUGCAGGCGUAUGCUAUGCGUGCUCCAUCUCUUGCCACGGCGAGCACAACCUGGUCGAGCUCUUCAGCCGACGUGAUUUCGUCUGCGACUGCGGCACGAAAAGACUGCCUUCCACAUCCCCAUGCAUGCUGCGCUCCGACCCUGUAACCGGCGCCCGUGGAGUUCACUCGCAGGAGUUUGCGCCCAAGAACCAAUACAACCACAACUUCCAGAACCACUUCUGCGCAUGCGGAGAAGAGUACAACCCAGAGACUGAAAAGGGAACCAUGUUCCAGUGCUUGGGACUCGGGACGGCAGAGACCGGGGGCUGUGGCGAGGAUUGGUACCACCCAGAAUGCCUGAUGGGCCUGGAAAGAGACUGGUACGACAAGAACAAGGCACCUCAUAAAGGGACAAAAGAAGAGGAAGGUGAAUCCAGUCAUCCCACGCCCCCAGGUUUCCCCAACGAGGACGAUUUUGAAUACCUUCUUUGCUACAAAUGCGUCGACUCAAAUCCCUGGAUCAAGCAAUACGCGGGCACUCCGGGAUUCCUCAAGCCUCUUUUCUAUAAAACGUCGGAAUCCAAAGGUGAUGUACCCCGAGUUGACAAUUCGGCGCCACCGACGCACGGCAUCUCUCUUAAGCGGAAAGCCUCAGACUCGGACCUCGACAAACCUCCUUCCAGUCCCUCAAAACGCAUCAAGGACGACCCGGACGUUCUGCCCCCCACGGCAUCUACACAAGCCUCCUCCCAACCACCACCAAGAAGCGGCACCACCACACAACCGCCCCCCAAACACGAUUCACUCCCUCCUGCCCCAGAAGGGACGUUCAGCCUCUUCCUCACCUCGUCAUUCCGCGACCACAUCUGCCACUGUCCCCAGUGCUACCCGAGACUGAUCCCACAUCCUCAACUCGUCGAAGAGGAAGACACGUACGAGCCGUCCCUCUCCGACGCCUCUUCCCAAGCCAACAGCGCCGGGAUUCCAGGAUCCGGUACGCGGUCACAUGGCACGGCGAGCCUUCUUGACCGCGGCGAGGCCGCUCUCUCCACCAUGGACCGUGUCAAGGCGAUCGAGGGCGUCAUGGUCUACAACCACCUGAGGGACAAGGUGAAGGAGUUUCUCAAACCUUACGCCGAAAGCGGACAGGUCGUCUCCGCGGAGGACAUCAAGUCGUAUUUCGAGAAACUUCGAGGCGACGAGAAUGCCAUCAAGGAAGCCAGAGGUAAACCCGUCGACGACGGCGGGAACGAGGACGGCGGCGGCGACGGUGAUAACAGGAGGGAACAAUCGGGUUACUGAAUAGACAACCCUGAAGACCACGGUGCCCAGAUCUAGUUUGUUUCCAUAACAAACUUUGUAUGAAUGCUCAUACUUCAGCC